AUGGGAUUUUUAACAGCCGUUGGUCUUGCAAGUCUGAUUCCUCGUUACACAGCUCGUCGUCUCUUCAAAAGGUCCAAGAAUCGAGCGAACACAAAUCAAAAGGACGAACCAUGUCACCCUCGUCGCAAGUCCCAUCGUUGGGCCCCUCUCUUUGCUGGACUCACCUCCCCCUUCUCUAUACUUCUUGAAAUACCGGCUCUCACCGAACAUUUUUAUAAAGGGCCUGAUCAAGGGGUCUUCACGCCGGACAUCUUGCCCUCGACCUUUUUGGUUACUGCACUCGUGCUGUCAUUAAUCUCGGGAUUUGUGGCCAACUUGGCAUUGAUAACUCGAUACUUUGAACAUCGGCCGCAAAUAAGCACCUUGACAGCCAUUGGGUCCUUGACAAUUCAUGACUUGAUCAAUCUGUCAAUUCUCAUCGUCUCUCCUAUUCAAUUAGGAACAGUUAGAAGUGAUCAAAGCUUGGGCUAUGGGUAUUGGCUGCUUGUUGCCAGUUCGAUUAUUUCGGUAAGCUGUAACACUGCCCUAAUUUAUGAUUACUGUUUAGUGGAUAAUUUCAGAGCAAAAGGUUCUGGCCUGACAAACAAACAACGCUCAUUGGUCAUUGCAUGUAUGGCGCUGGUGAUGUAUAUCGGCUUUGGAGCCUUGAUCUUCAUCUUUCUCACAGAAGAUAACAUCAAGUUCAUCGAUGCGUUGUACUUUUGCGUCUGUACGGUUACAACUGUUGGAUUUGGAGAUGUGAUUCCCACCAACACUGGCUCCCGAAUCUUUGUCUUUUUCUUCGCUAUCUUUGGGAUCAUCACUUUGGGUCUCACUAUCAAUACUGCUCGGGAAACCAUCAUAGAAGGAUUCGAGAGCUUGUGGCAAACUCGACGUAAUGCGAUCUUUGAAUUUGCUCGUGAAUACCGAACGGCCCGCAAAGCUGCUAAGAAGAGGUCAUCCGGUGUCACAACAGGGCUAUCAGUCGCAUUGAUGAUGUCUGCUUCAGUCUCUGGAAGGAACUCAUGUUUAUCUGGAGCUCACUCACAUAAUCCACCGCCGUCGAACCGACCCCUAUUCAGCGAAGCAGAUAGGAAAAAUUAUCUACUAGCACAUCGAUUGGACACGGAAAACACGACGUCCACUUCCUCAAUGGAAAAUGUUGAUAAUUUCAAAUCAUUCAGUGAAAGACUGCUCAAACAAGAGCGAAGGGAGUUUCAGACCAAGCUAGUGGUGGCGGCGGUUCUUUUCUCGUGUUUUUGGCUCAUAGGUAGCUUCGUAUUCAAGGUAACAGAAGGUUGGAAUUACGGCCAGGCGCUUUACUUCUGCUACGUGGCAUUCUUGACGUUGGGUUAUGGUGAUAUCACAGUCAAAACGCCUGCUGGUCGAUGCUUUUUUAUUGCUUGGUCUCUGAUGGGGAUCGCUAGCAUGACUCUUCUCCUCUCUGUUUUGGCGGAAGGCUGGGAAGCCAAGUAUAAGCGAAUAAUUAACAAGAAACGAAGACUUAACUCUCAUAAUUUCAGAUUAAUCAGAACCAAAGUCACAAGUCAAGAAGAUUUAGAAAACGGACCAAAUCAGAUGCAAACAGUCCCACUAGUCCCACCGAUACCCGUUGUACUUGAUUCUAGCCCAGAGGAUCUUCCUCAGCGUUUGAUUGAUACAGCCCGGGGAUUUUUCUCUCAUGCCCAGUUUUGGAUGGAAGGUAAAACGGGAAACCCACCACCUGCCCUAUCAGAAUUAAUGGAGCAAGUGGGAGCGAUUGAUGGCAUUGAGAAAUUUCGAGAUAAAGGGGGUUUAGCAGAAAGAAUGAUGUCCGAAGAUCGUCAAAAGAUGCUCUUCUUGAUGUCCUUUGCGCGGUCGUUGGAGGUGUUAAUCAACACGGCUGAAGAGACUGCGGAAGCUAUGAGGGUGAAGAUCGGAGAAGUCGAUGGAGUGAUGAGGCCACUCAGUCCCAACUCCUCAAACGCACACUCGAAUUCUCACCCAGAACACAACACUUCAUCACUUACAUUUGUAGAGCCAUAUGAGGUAGGCGCCUCGCAAGUCGGUAGUUUGAUUGGUGUGGAAGAAAGGCUUGAAGUUAUCCGAGAAGACGACGAAGGUGUGGAAAGACCCAUUGAUGAGAAAGUCAAUCGUCACUCUGCCAAUAAAUCUCGAAACAUUUCUGAGAAUCAAGAUCGCACUGCAAACAUCCAACCUGACAGGUGUCAGACCAGAGCAGAAUACAAUCGAGGCAAAGUACCGGAUCUCCUACAUCGUCCUUACUCGAUUGACGAUUUAAUCCUACAAACGGCUCCCCGUCUUCUCAACCUCCGACCCUACAAGCCAGAGUCUAGUGUGCUCGAGUAUCAAGUUCCAGACCCCAGCUCUGAAUUGCGCCAUUCGAAUAUUCUAUUGGAAGGUACCUCUGUUAACCCUCCUACCACGCCAUCUCGUCUUCAAUCUACCCUGACAGACACGGAACCUGAAAGCUUUGAUAUGUGCCGUCUUUAA